CUGCAAUAAUACCUGCAUAAAACUCGAUCAUCCAGAUCAUAGGGAGGGAGAUAAGAGGGAGAUAGAGAAUUCCAACUUAUCCAUCCAUUAUUCAUCAAUGGCUAACAAUAUUACUAGCAAGAUUACUGCAGAUUCUGAUGAUGUAGUGUUCUUAAUGGUGCCAUUUCCAGCCCAAAGCCACCUCAACCAGCUCCUUCGUCUUUCUCAACUCAUCCGCUCCCGUGGCUUCCCCGUUCACUACGCUGCCUCCGUUAUCCACUGCCGGCAGGUCAAGCUCCGGCACGACACCCUCCUGAAUACUUCAGGAAUCAUAUUCCACGAAUUGCAGACACCCUCUUUUACCUCUCCUCCGUCCAGCUUCUCUGAGAAAUUCCCCGACCAUCUUUGGCCGUCGUUUGAAGCCUCCUGGACUUCGCAUGAACCUGUCGCCGCCUUGCUACGGGAACUUUCCUCCUCAACUAGAACUAGAAGACUCGUCGUCAUCCACGACAGCCUAAUGAGUUGUGUCGUCCAGGAUGUUGCCUCACUUCCGAAUGCAGAAUCAUAUUCUUUCAAUUGUAGCUCCGCCUUCUUCACCUACUGUUUAAUGUCUCACCUGUCAGGGAAACCUUUUCCGGCCCAGGUGGAUCCGGAUGCGAUCCCCACUGCAGACAAUUGCUUCCCCCCUAAUCUCGAUAAGAUUUUGGGCAUUGUUAUUGAAUUUAAUCAUAUCAGACAUGGCAAACUAUUCAGCACUUGUCGAGCAAUGGAUGGCCCUUACCUCGACAUGCUAGCCGAAACAGAGACCAUUGAGAAGAAGAAGAAGCAAUGGGCGGUCGCGCCCUUGUUUCCAGUAAUUACUACAGCAAACGAGGACGACAAAACUGAUCACCCAACCUUGGAAUGGCUAGAUAAACACCCACCCAAAUCGGUGAUAUACGUAUCCUUUGGAUCAACAACAACCAUGAGCCGUGAACAGAUCAAUGAGCUGGCUCUAGGAUUGGAAGAAAGUAAACAGAGGUUCCUAUGGGUGUUGAGAGAUGCCGAUAGAGGAGACAUUUUCGACGCUGAAACCACAAUCCUUCAGUUGCCGGAAGGGUUUGAGGAGAGGGUGAAAGGGGUGGGAAAGGUGACGAGAGAUUGGGCUCCUCAGCUAGGGAUUCUCCGGCACCCAUCGGUUGGGGGAUUUAUGAGCCACUGCGGCUGGAACUCAUGCCUAGAGAGCCUUACCAUGGGCGUGCCCUUGGCUACAUGGCCAAUGCAAUCCGACCAGCCGUAUAACGCCAUACUCAUGACCCAUAUACUCAAAGUGGGAGUUCAGGUCAUGGGUUGGGGAGAACGCCAUCAACUAGUGACCUCAUCCGUCAUUAAGAAAAGCAUUGAAAAUUUGAUGGCAUCGAGUGAAGGACAUGAGGUUAGAACAAGAGCGGAAGAACUCGGAAAAGCUAUCAAGCAGUCCGUAGAGGACGACCAUAUCUGGGAAUUGAAUUCUUUCCUAGCUUAUGCUGCUAGAUAGAUAACAAAUUAAUUAUUACUAUUUGUUUUAAUUUAAGUCGAUUCCAUAAGGCCAUGUUCAUGUUUGAUUGUAUUUGAGUUUUAUUUUAUUGGUUAUUUCGAUCUUUAAUUA